AUGAAUCAUCAAAAGCCGUUACAAGAUAACAUCAUGGAAACGAGGGAGUGUUUCAUGCUUUCACCUGCUGCUCAUUGCGAACCAACUCUCAGAACUGCCCAUUUUCUCAAACCUACUGCAAACUCCAUUCAUGAACUUAAUUUUCACCCUUCUUCUUCUUCUUCUCUUUUUGAUCCUAAGGAAUGUUCUUUCAAAAUCAAUUUCAAUGGCUGGCGCUACCCACGCACUAAAUGGGUUAGGUGGCUUGAUCAACUUAAGCCCAUGUAUGAAUCACUAUGGAAAAAUGCUGGAAUCUUUGGACCUAUAAUGAGUACUAAGAGCCACAUAAUGAAGAAUCAAGACUUGGUUUAUGGUGUUGUUGAGAAAUGGUGUUCUGAGACCAAUACCUUUGUGUUUCCCUUUGGUGAAGCAACCAUCACAUUAGAGGAUGUUGUGGUUUUGGGGGGUUACUCUCUAUUUGGUGAUCCUGUUUUCACACCACUUGAAGAUCAAGAUAUGAAAGAGGUUGAGAAGAAAUUGAUGCUUGCAAGACAAGAGAGGAGUAAGAAAGGUAUGACUUCUACAUCAGUUUGGAUGGAUGCUUUCAUUGAUAAGAGUAGUGAGAUUGAGCAUGAAGCAUUUCUUGUUACUUGGUUGUCAAUUUUUGUUUUUCCUCACAAAUACAAUGUCGUCAAAAGUUGUUUGUUUCCUAUUGCUGUUCUUCUUGCUAGAGGGAAUCCUAUUGCUUUGGCACCUUCUGUUUUGGCUAGUUUAUAUAAGGAUUUGACUUUGUUUAAGGAAACAAUUGUAGGCUUUAAGAAAUGUUGGGUAGGAGGUGAUAGAUUUCCCAUGGUGUGGGAGGUUAGUUUACAAUCACCCUUUUACUUGGUUCAAGUUUGGGUGUGGGAGAGGUUCCAAAAUUUGCAGCCACAACCCAAGUUGAUCAAUAAGGGAGACCAUGUAUUGUUGAGGUGGAAUAUGGUUAAGGCUUUGCAAAUUGAGAAUGUGAGGUUGGCAUUAGAAUCAGCUAUUGAUGAUUUUAUGUGGCGUCCAUAUUUUAGAUAUGCUGAUAAUUGUGGAAUGUUUUAUCCAAAUGAUGAAAUUUCGGUACCGUUUAAGAAACAUUUGGAUAAACAAAUGCUGUCAUUUGUUCUAUGCUUGAGAGUUUCUGAGCUUGUUGGAAUUGAAUGUAUAGAGCAAUAUCUACCACAUAGAGUUGCUAUGCAAUUUGGAAUGGAUCAAGAUGUUCCUGGUUAUGUGUCUAGAUUCAAUGAGACUAAAGAGCUUGCUUGGAAAAAUUACACGAGACCCUUGUCUGAUACAAGUUUAUAUUUUCCAUCUAAAUUUUUUGAGGCUGAUGUUACUACGCGUUAUACAAAGUGGUGGGCGAAAUCUGUAUUGGGUCCUCAGGGUUCCGUUAAGAAUGUUGUCCCGCGGGAGAGAAAUGUCAAGUCAUCAAAAUGUAGUCCUGAGGCUAAGCUUUCACUUGAGUUUUCUCUGAAACUUGUUGGCCCUGUUACUCUUGGAAAAUCUUGUGACGAUGGUUCAAAAACUAGCAGGAGUGUUAAUAUUGUUGACGAUGACCAUGUUCCUUCUGAUUUUAUUCCUAAACUUUUGACAACUAUGUCAUCUGAAAAUUCUGUUGAAGAUGGUUUGAAAGCUGAGAAAAAUGUUGUUGCUGAUGCUCGUUCAAGUCUACCACAAAAACAUAACACUCCGAGCCCUUUUAUAUCUGUUGAAGAUUGUAUGCCUGUUCUGGAAGAAGAUGUUGAGUUUAUCGAUGCAAAUGAGAUCAAAGAAGCUAGGAUGUCAAGCGACAGAAUCAGCGAAUCCGGGACUCGAGAAGAAAGCUAUAGCUAUUUAACUGAAGCAAGUAUAGCGGAACUUGAACAGAGAAUUAGUCGACUCGAGAAGGUGCAUGCAAACCUGAAGUCCACAAGGUAG